AUGUCGGACUCAACAAUGCAAACCCUAGACGCAGAACCAUCGUCUCCUUCAACAACCAUCGAUUCCAAACCUCAAAUCUCAUCUCCGCUUCCGUCGUCAAUGCUCAGACUCUGGAGACAAGCUGCCCAGCGCAAUCUUAGAAACCAGUGGUCACAAUUGGCAUUGCUUAAGGAUCAAUGGUUCUCUAUUUCUUCCACCGCAAGAUCUUACGCUUCAGCUCUCGUCAAUGCUCAUCUUUCUCAAAGGUACAUGCCUGAUAUGAAGUUGGGUGUUUUGAGCAAUCUGUCUGAUAUAAGAAAGAGAGCUUGUUUUAAACUAUUCCAGCAGCAGAAACUUCAGAGGAGCCAAUUAUUGCUGUCUUAUAAGGACAUGGUGGGCGUUGUAAGUAAAAUGAUCAAUGUUAGCAGAUCAAUGAAAUGUUUUUUCAGAAGAUCAAACAAUAGUUCACUGUUACAAUUUUCCCAUUACUAUAAAGACCAGAGUGACUCUGGAGAUAGUGGAGAUGGUGGUGGAAUUCCGGUGUUUGCAUUCUUAUCAAUCUCUUCGCAUGAGAAAUUGGUGGAGGAGCUGGUUCAGAUGUUCAGAUUGGAACUGUGUUUGAAGCGCCUACUUGUUCUUGAAUUUAUGUUCAUUGGUGAUGAUGCUUCACAAGUAAACCAGCUGCAUUGGUCAUCUCAGAUUUAUGCUGAUGAAUUCAAAGAUUUGAGUGACUGCAAUCUGUUUUGUGAGGUGACCCGUGUACCAGUUCCGCCAAGAUUGAGGGAGGGGAAAUCUGACAUGGGUUCUAUAAGAUUCGACAACCAACCUAACCCAGAGGUUUUACAGGUUUAUUUAACAUUGUGGCUUGCAGGGAUGAACAUAAACAAUUCCAGGGUGAAUGAAAUAUUUGAAGUUGUUGGGGAAGAAAUGCACGUUAGCAUAGGUUAA